UUUUCCACGUCGUAAAAAAUCGGUCAACGACGUCGUUUUCAUUUGCAAAAUCUGCCUUUUUGUACCAAUUAAACGCAUCUGGGAUGCAAGCUGUGACUUUGUAGUGGACAGAAUACCGUUGCUAGAAAGAAAUGGACGGUCCUCAACCUGGAGGCGAUAUUCCGAAGUCCGGAGGUCGCCUUGAAAAUGCCGCUCCGACUUUUCUUGUAGAUGCGUGGUAUUUGGGUGUGGGUUUCUUGGAACGUUAUGGCUGGUUUAUUGUUCUUGGCUUUGUGAUUCUGGUGUUCUUAUGGACUAAAUUGAAGCCAUAUUGGAGAGAACUGCAGAACAAAUGGGAACGUCAAAGAGAAAUAGCUAACUUUGAUCCCAUAAAAGCAGCUAGUCAACAGGAAAGAAUGGAGGAAGCAAGGAGGAGAUUACAAGAAAAACAAGAUGCUAAAGCUGCAAAGUUUAUCGAGGACAAAAUGCAGUCUGAAGAAGACAGGCGAAGACAGAGAGUAGAAGACUGGGAAAGACACCAAGAAGGGAAAGGAUAUCGCUCUAAACGAUUCAGAUCUCCUGCCGAAUCAACUGAAACCACAAAUUCUUCAAAACCAAAGAAACCUCCAAGGAAACCAGAUUCCAGUCCAUUGUCUGGAGGUGGAGGUGGAUUCAGUUACAGACCACCAAGAAGAGGUGCUGGUGGAGGGGGAUGAGGUUAAAUCUACACAUAGUCGCCUAAUACCAGUGAAGACUUGAUAGUGCUGUAUAAUAUAUAUAUUAAUUUAAAGAAAUUUAUGCUGCCUGUAAUAAUGUAGUACCAAGUUGAUUGGUGUCUCGGCGACUUGUUGUGUAUCAUUUGUGAAUGUGACAGUGAACUUUCUUCCUUUCUGGAUAUGAUAUUUACCUUUUAAACACAACCCACUGGUGAAAAGGUAGAUUGAUGCUUAAAAAAGUUGUAAAAGUUCCUUUUGUAAAUAAAGUUAAUUAUCAUAAUAAAUAAAAUUGUUUAUUAUUUAUAGUGAA